GAUGUAACAACAUUAGCUGAAUAAAGUUCCACUUAGAUAUAGGCAGCUGUCUGGGACAAUUAACUUUUACUAAAGUACCGGUAGUCUAAAAAUAUUUGCACUGGCUCAUUGUCCUCGGCGGGGUCGGAGAGCUAAAUGUGGAAAAAUAGUAUGGCUGUGGGUGAUGCGUUCGGCAGCGGGGGAGAGAUCGAAAAUGCGGAUGUCUUUGCUAAGAGAAAUGGUCGGAUCGAGAGAGCUGCGUGUUGAGUGGAAGGAGAAAGCAAGUGAGAUGGAGGCGGGGGGAAGUUCCCAUCUCUGCGGGGACUGGAGCGCCUGUGCCCUGGACCGGCGGCGCAGUGCUGGCUAACAUUCAACCCAACCCUUGCUCCACAACGAGCUCGACUCACGCUGAGACAGGUAAGGCUCACAGCCACCUCCUUCGUCAAUUCGAAUGCUCAAAAUAUAUAUAAAAAAAUACUUCCACAAACGACUUUCCAGCAAAUAAUUUACGCUCAGUAUGGUUUAUUUUCUCCCUUUAAUAAUUUUAAAAACGCCUCAUCUUGAAUUGUUAGCAAAGCACUGACUGCUGUAGGGUAGACCAAUUCCGAGGUCGCCAUACCCGAAUUUGUUGUCCUUUACCACGGGUAAGAAAUGCGAACUAUAGGGUCUAAAUAAUAUGGUAUAAAUUGACAACAUAUGCCUUGAUUAUGGACCACCGUCAAUUUGGCAUUUAAUUCACCAAUGUAUCUUAUUUUCUGCUAAGAAUUGACUAUUUCCGCGCCGAGAUCUCCAUGCGGUUGUUGACAGAAUCAGCCGCCUCUCUGGUUAGCCAUCAUGGAUCUCAGUUUAAUAUCUCACCGUGUGGGCUCGCCCUCGAUCUCGCUUAACAACCAUCAAUGCCAACCUGCGAAAACCAGUCUUUGGUACUGUUAUAGCCUAUGAUCCUGGUGUGGGUCUGGUUAGUUGCACACCCAGGCUUACUUUAAACCCCGUUUCUUGCUAAGCAUGUAGUGCGCCAUAGGAGCUUGUCACGGUCGGUAUCCUAACUGACUCGCGCUUUGCCUGUAGCAUGGCGGCUCUAGAACCAUUUGCAGUCUCGGAUGUAAAAAUGUUUCAUUCUGUGUGGUGACAACUUGAUACAAUGUAACCGCGGAUUGAAACCUUGUGAAUGAUGAGAGAUUUUAGUUCUGUAUCCGUAUUUCAGUUCUGACGAUUAGCGAAGAUUGUUAUAAUUUAUUUCCCUUUUUCUUCAUUCGUGUGCCUCAGUCUUCACGACCCAUCCUCGCCACACGGCUACAAAAUCUGGUUUACCCCGUGUUCAACGACAGCUGAAAGAAAAGUCGGGGUGAACAGAACCGUUUCAGGGUGAGUUUGUUCAUUUUAAUCGUCGAUUUUCAAGAAACACAACAGUGAAUUUGUCUGUCUGAUUAAUGAUUUUCUACAGAUUCCCUUUCAUGGAGACGAGGUCAAUGUUCGGGUCGCAGGCGUUUGGAACUGGAUUUUUUUCCUAUAGGUUAAUGCAAAACUAUUAACGUUAGGCAAAUACAUAAUAUUUUUACCGACCAAUUAAAAAUGUAUUUAGCUAGUUAACAUUACCUGCUAUAUUGAUUGCACCCUAAAUGUAUAUACAAAAUAAAACGUAAAUCCUUCUCCAUUGUGAAUCCCCUGAAGUUAGCCAAGCUUUAGCUAGCAUAAAAGUUGACUGGUCUGGUGGUUUUCAUGUUUUAUAUUUAGCUAACUAGUUACCUUCUUAAACUUUAAAAUGUAUAGAUUGUUACCCGCAAUUUAGUUGUCAUUUGAGUAUUUUCGCAGGUGGCCACCGUGUUGGCCAACAAUUUCAUAUAUUGUUGUAAAUUAAUGUUAAUCUGAUGGCUGCUAACAUAAUAUAGCUAGCUAGCGAGUUAGCAGCUAGCUAACCCUUGCAUUGAACCAGAGUAGUGCGGUUGCAGCUAGCUAGCGCGGUCGUUGGAGUUUGUGGACCACCCAAACCAUUUUAUCAUACCAGGAUAUUACUUUUGAAUUUCCCAUAAAUUGCAUUGAUUUGUGACACUAGCUACCUAUGUCCAACCACUGUUUUAAACGCAUCGUUAGACCAGCGAUAGUUGUAUCCCCCCUUAAACACACUGGCAGUCCAACACAAGCUCGUGCGUACUAUAUCACCAAGAACCGGGAAACAGGCUGGGUGCAGACUUCAGAGUCGCCAUCACAUAUCCGAAAUCCGGUUACGCCUCGCGCAAGAAUGUCCUGCUUUUUCGGUUUGAUUAUGGUUGCCCGCUGCUAUACUAAAACGAUUAAUGCCUAGAAACGGGUCUCGGAGGACGAAGCCCAACAAUUUAAUUUAUUAUAAAGCGUAAUAUUUCUCCCUCUAGCCCCUCACAAGAGUCGGCCGAUAGAUUCAAGGCGGAGGAAGGUUUCUCUUCCAGCUCAAUGUUGGUAGUGUGGCUUUGUCGAGUGGUUCAUUUGGUAGUAAUGCUCCCUUGCCACCAUUUCCUCCUCGUCGGAGACCGAAAGCGGAUCUCCCGUCCAUUGUCAGCUGGUUGCCUACAGCUGCCUCUAAACGUUCGCUUCCUCCUUCUGUGGUACCUCCCCACCACCACUCCGAUUAAAUCCUCCAUUACCGACCGACAGAAGACAUGGUCGACAGAAAGCAAAAUGAGUAGCUACUUUAAUGUAGAAUAAGCUAGCCUAUUUUCCAAAUCGACAUACAGAGAGCAUUACCAGUCGUAGGCUUCUGUGGUGUUAUUUGAGAUGUGAAACCGUCACAAGCUAUAGCCUGUCUCACGAUGUAGCGUAAACGUUUAGGGGCGGUAUAAUAAACAUUAAUAACCAUCAUGUCGAGGUCGAUUUUAAUUUCCAGGAUUUGAAAAGGCUGGAAUUUCUUACCUAAUAGCUUGUUUGGAAUCAUCUUUGACGUUGAUGUAAUGAAUAAAAGCAAUCGAAUAAUCUCUGUCCAAUAAAUCUUGUUUUCAGAAUCAUAUUUUACACCAAUUUAUUGUAAUAUGCAAACAAAUAUACUAGUCGAAUUAUAUUCACUUUAAGCGCAAACCAAUGCCAUUUAAAAUUUGUGUAACCUGCAAUAAUUAUUUUUUCCAGAUAUUUCCUAAUAUCACAAGGCAUAUCAUUGGCCAAAGUAGUUUUCUGUUACAAGGCAUUUGCAUGCAUUAGGCUUAUGCUUUGUGUGCAUAGGAAACUUGGAUAUUAUGUCUCCUGUGUAUAAUUUUUUUGCUGGCACAGUAGUGAGAGUAAAUUGUUGGUAAGAUUAACAAUGACUCACCGCACAUUUACAUUUUAGUCAUUUAGCAGACGUUGUUAUCCAUAGCGACUUAUAGUUAGUGAGUGCAUACAUUUUCAUACUGGCCCCCCGUGGGAAUCGAAGCCACAACCCUGGUGUUGCAAGCGCCAUGCUCUACCAACUGAGCUAGGGGCCGCACCUUGUAUAUUAUUCCCAGCCUUUUAAAAGAAAGGGAUAGUGUUUUAAUAGGAUCUGUUUAUGUUUAGGUAAAAUAAAGUACAGAUGAAUGGAGAAAUGGACCCGUCCACUAAAGACCAAGGUGAGAUCAUAGUCAAUCAACGUGAGAUCAUAGUAGUCAAUCAAGGUGAGAUAUAGUCGCAACAUGGAACUUCUUCCUUCCAUCCCCUUCAGAAUAUGGUGCAAAAUAGAGAGAUUCAUGAUUUUGUUCACUUCAGCCAGGAUAAUGGUUGCAGGGCAGGCAAGCUGAUAUGUGUGUCCUUGCGUGGCUAUAGUGUGGACGCAGGACGACCUUUUGAAUCUGCUAGAGGCCAUGAAAGUCAAUCUUCCCCAGAAGGACCUGGCCAAGUACAAGACGUCGGAGUCCCAUCUGGACUGGGAGAAGGUGGCCUUCAACUCAUUCACAGGAGAGAUGUGCAAACAGAAGUGGAACGAGGUCUCCAAAGUGGUACGCGAUGUCUCUAUCAUGCUAUACUGUGGACUGGGGUAUUGUGUAUUAGAGAAUAAAAGUGGAUUUCCAACUCUUGUCAGUUCAAUAUGUACAUACUGCAUCUUGCCUCUGCAAUGCGUCUUAUGUUGUUCUGUGUCUUUGGUUCAGAUCCGUAAAUUCCGCACAUUAACAGAGCUGAUUUUCGAUGCCCAAGACUUCAUCAAGAACCCGUAUAAGGGCAAGAAGCUGAAGGUGAGCCGCAUAUCAUAUUUUUAUGAUGGACACUAUCAGUUGAUACUUUCACAGGUAACACAUUGUCUUAGCAAAUUCAGUCAUGUGAUGACUAACUGUCUUUGUGUGUCGUUUUGCUCAUAUUGAGUAUUGUUCUUUCGAAUGUUCUUUUGGUUUUAUUUUUUACUGAACAGAAGCAUCCAGAUUUCCCCAAAAAGCCCCUGACGCCAUAUUUCCGCUUCUUCAUUGAGAAGAGGGCCAAGUAUGCCAAGCUGCACCCUGAGAUGAGCAACCUAGACCUCACCAAGAUCCUCUCCAUGAAAUACAGAGGGCUGCCUGACAAAAAGAAGGUCAGAAGCAGUGACAGAGUGGGAAGGAAAGGAAGAGAUGCAAUUAAAGGGAGGGAGGGAUAUAGUGACACUUGGAAUGGGAGAAUAUGUCCUCCUUGGUAGAUAUAAUUUAUUUGAGCGGAGUAAUUUGCUGACGUUGCUCAUGGUUGUCUGUGCCUUGUUUUGUUUUUUUUGACAACAGAAAAAAUAUCUAGAAGACUUCCAGAAAGACAAAGAAACGUUUGGGCACAGCAUGUCAAAGUUCAGGUAAGGUUCAAAUGUAGGUUAUCUGCAACUGGAGUAAAUAUACAUCUUUGAAGGGGGUGUAGGAUUUUCUCCAUUGUGUUGAAUGUGUUUUAUUUUGCUUGAUUAGUACAUGUACAGUAGCCAGUGUGUUUCUGUGUGACUAUAGGGAGGACCAUCCCGACCUGGUGGAGAGCAUGGCAAAGAAAGGUUCUAAUGUACCAGAGAAACCCAGGACGCCUCAGCAGCUAUGGUACAGCCACGAGAAGAAGGCCUUCCUCAAAACGCAUGCAGACGUGAGUCAAGCUUUUCAGGACUGUUUGUUAGCACCUACAAAAACACAAUGUUCACACUCAAUGCUAACAUGCUAAAGUUGAACUAUGUCCAUCUGAAGCAAUGUAUAUGUUGUUGAAUCUGUCUGUUACUAGGCGACCACCAAAGACAUUAAAGAUAGUCUUGGGAAGCAGUGGACACAGCUGUCAGACAAAAAGAGACUCAAGUGGAUUGCUAAGUCCCUGGAGAUGCACAAAGCAUAUGAGGUGAGAGCACAGUUAAAUAUGAGGCACAAGUCUCUGAAGAUGGCAAAAUUACUGCCUGACUUUGGUAUUUUCGAGAGGAUUAAUUAAUUGUUAACCCAUGACCCCUGGUUGUUUUCCACAGGAGGUGAUGAAGGGCUUCAUUGAGACGCACCCAGAGCUCAACAUGAGCAACGAGGACAUCGUCAAGUCCACCCUCACCAAGGCUGAGAGACAUCUGAAGGACAAAUCUGAUGGCAGGCCGGACAAACCACCUCCGUGAGUACUAAUCCCCACCAGCACACUUUUAAUCUUACCACUGGGUGAUCACACUGUGUUAACUGGACAUGGUGAGGAAAGUUGUGACCGUGUUGUGUACUCUGUGUGUUUUUUAGGAAUGGUUACUCCAUGUUCUGUGCUGAGUUGAUGUCCAGUAUGAAGGACGUGCCCAGUACAGAGCGCAUGGUCAUGUGCAGCCAGCAGUGGAAGCUGCUGAAACAGAACGAGAAGGACGCCUACCAGAAACGCUGCGAGCAGGUCUGUACUUCACUAGCAGGUGGACUGUUCACUCCAACAUUGACUUUUUGGACCUACUGUCAAGUCUUCAACGCUCAAGUUUUCAAAAUUCUGUUUUUCAGAGAAAGAAAGAAUACGAAGUCGAGAUGAACCGGUUUCUUUGUGUAAGUUUGUUUUUCUACAUGUCUGUGUGUCUAUUUCUAUAUAUCUAGUGAAUGAGAGCAGAGGCAGUAUGUAUGUUAUUUACUCAGUGUCUGUCUGCAGAGUAUAUCAGAGGAGGAGCAGCAGCGUGUGCUGGGGGAGCAGAAGAUGAUUGGCUUUAAGAAGGGCAGCGGGGGAAGCAAAAAGAAGAGCAGAGCAAAGGUAAUCCCCACAAUGCAUCAGUAUCACUCACAUCAUCAGCUCCGCACAUUUCACAAUAACAAUCAUAAAGAAGUAUGAAAUGGAGAUGACUGUAAUUUGAUCAAUCUCAGACAAUAGAUAUUGACCAUAGUAUGCAUUAUUUCAGAGGGGAUCAAUAAAGUUGUAUUGAAUUGAAAAAAGCUCCCAUCGCUUAAAUUGCAGCCUAGUCCAGAGAAGCCCAAAAGGCCCAUCUCGGCCAUGUUCAUCUUCUCUGAAGAGAAACGGCCCAAGCUGCAGCAGGAGCGACCAGACCUGUCUGACAGUGAGCUCACCAGGCUGCUGGCACGCAUGUGGAAUGAGCUCUCAGAUAAGAAGAAGGUACACACCUCAGUUUAAUACACACUACCAUAGUGCAGCUGAGGGAGGGUUCUGAGCAGUAUGAUGCAGUAUAUGCAGUACAAUGCAUGACCGCAUGUUUGAACUUGUUAUCAGUAUAAAAGACACCUGUCCACAACCUCAAACAGUCACACUCCAAACUCCACUAUGGCCAAGACCAAAGAGCUGUCAAAGGACACCAGAAACAAAAUUGUAGACCUGCACCAGGCUGGGAAGACUGAAUCUGCAAUAGGUAAGCAGCUUGGUUUGAAGAAAUCAACUGUGGGAGCAAUUAUUAGGAAAUGGAAGACAUACAAGACCACUGAUAAUCUCCCUCGAUCUGGGGCUCCACGCAAGAUCUCACCCCGUGGGGUCAAAAUGAUAACAAGAACGGUGAGCAAAAAUCCCAGAACCACACGGGGGGACCUAGUGAAUGACCUGCAGAGAGCUGGGACCAAAGUAACAAACCUACCAUCAGUAACACACUACGCCGCCAGGGAUUCAAAUCCUGCAGUGCUAGACGUGUCCCCCUGCUUAAGCCAGUACAUGUCCAGGCCCGUCUGAAGUUUGCUAGAGUGCAUCCAGAAGAGGAUUGGGAGAAUGUCAUAUGGUCAGAUGAAACCAAAAUAUAACUUUUUGGUAAAAACUCAACUCGUCGUGUUUGGAGGACAAAGAAUGCUGAGUUGCAUCCAAAGAACACCAUACCUACUGUGAAGCAUGGGAGUGAAAACAUCAUACUUUGGGGCUGUUUUUCUGCAAAGGGACCAGGACGACUGAUCCGUGUAAAGGAAAGAAUGAAUGGGGCCAUGUAUCUUGAGAUUUUGAGUGAAAACCUCCUUCCAUCAGCAAGGGCAUUGAAAAUGAAACGUGGCUGGGUCUUUCAGCAUGACAAUGAUCCCAAACACACCGCCCGGGCAACGAAGGAGUGGCUUCGUAAGAAGCAUUUCAAGGUCCUGGAGUCUCCAGAUCUCAACCCCAUAGAAAAUCUUUGGAGGGAGUUGAAAGUCCGUGUUGCCCAGCGACAGCCCCAAAACAUCACUGCUCUAGAGGAGAUCUGCAUGGAGGAAUGGGCCAAAAUACCAGCAACAGUGUGUGAAAACUAUAUAUAUAUAUAUAUAUAUAUAUCUCAUAUGGCAUCGGCUUGUGUCGAUGAAAGGGGAUUUCUGGUUUCAGCCUCUACCUGUGAUUGUUGGCUAAAUAACUGACGUUGUCUUCCCCCUGUAGGAGAAGUACAAGCGUCUUGAGACGGUCCUGAAGGCAGAGUCUGUGAAGAAGGGACAAGAGGAGCGCAGCCGGCUGCCAGACACCCCCAAGACUGCACAGGACAUCUGGCAGCAGAGCGUCAUAGGAGACUACCUGGCCAGGUUCAAGGUUGGUGACCCAACUACAGCCUUCACAAGGCCUUGGAUCAGGACUGCCUUUAAAGCAUGUCAACUCCUCCUCCUCCCCUUGUCCUGACUAUCUGCCUCAUUCCUCCUGUGCUUUACAGAACGACCGGCCAAAAGCCCAGAAAGCCAUGGAAGCCACUUGGAACACCAUGGAGAAGAAGGAGAAGAUCAUGUGGAUCAAGAAGGCAGCUGAGGACCAGAAACGAUAUGAGGUAAGUGGAAACCCAUGUGUCUAAAAGGCAGAGGUGAGUCCCAGAGAUUUAAGUGCACUCUUUAUUUUUCUGACAGAGGGAACUGAGUGAGAUGCGCUCUCCUGCCACCAUCAUUGCCUCAGGGAAGAAGAUGAAAUUUGACGGUGAACCCAAGAAACCCCCAUCGUGAGUGUAUUUCUGAUGGAGUGUUUCUGUCUGUAUUUUUGUUUUUGAGAAACUUACUUCAAUCUGUUCACCAAUGUACCUUUCAGGAAUGGCUACCAGAAGUUCUCUCAGGAGAUGCUGUCCAACGGGGAGCUGAACCACCUCCCUAUGAAGGAGCGCAUGGGGGAGAUCGGGGGCCGCUGGCAGAGGCAGCCGCAGAAGGAGAAAGACCGCUACAAGAAGAUCGCUGAGGAGAAACAGAAGCUGUACAAAGUAGAGCUGGAGCGGUGGCUAGCGGUACGCCAUCUUUGAUUUGUAGCAGACACUGAGUGCAUUGAACAUCCUAGCAGUUGUGUGCCUGUAAUGACCUGACUAACUAAAAUGUCCCUUCUUUCACAGAGCUUGUCCUCACAAGAAAGAAACACGUACAAGGAGUACAACUCACAAGUAAGUUGUCCAUGCUAUUCUAUUAUGCCUUAGAGUGAGAGUUAUCACAAACUCUCCCUGUAGUUGCUGGCAAAUUAACAUGUAAACAAACUGAGUGUUAAUCUUAAUCUCCUAUUGUCUUCCUCAGAAAAGAAAAACCCCAGCAAAACCAGGAGGCACUGCAGCCAAAGUUAAGGCCAAGGUAACCAAGAAGUCGGUAAGUCACAGCUCUGUUCAGUUUUGUUUAUCAUUACCACUCUACUUUUACCACUCUGCUCUACUAAGUCAAACAUCAUUCAUCUCUGACAAUCAAUCUUCCCCCAGGACACAGAGGAUGAGGAUGAUGAUGAUGAUGAGGAGGAAGAGAAGGAGGCUGCCUCAUCAGAUAACGAUUCAUCCAGUGCAGAGGACAGUGAGGAGGAAGACGACGACGAUGAUGACGACAAUGUCAGUUUUCAGACUUGUGUGAAAUUCAUCAUUGCUGUUGCAAAUUAUAAUGGUGCCCUUGACUGACAUGAGGCUAACUUCCUUGUUGUUGUGCGACACCUCUUGCAGAAUGAAGAAGACGAUGAUGACGAUGAGGAGGCGGAGGAUAAGGAGAACAAGUCAGAGGGGAGUAGCAGCAGUGAUUCGAGCUCAGUGGCGACGUCGGACUCUGAUUCAGACUGA